UUGGCUAUGUGGCAAUGACAUGCAAGCGAUCUCGAGCAGUUCUUGUUUUGUUACGAUGAGUGCUUUCGAGCAGAAGGGUGCACAUCUUGUUCUGUUCCUUCUAUAGUCUUUCCAGUUCAGUGCAGCGGCAAGAAAAGCUCUUGCAGGAGAUCUUUCAGAACAUUGAUCCACAUUAUCUGGUGACUUCUGUCGUGUCUUAGCGUCAGCGUGCGAUGGGUCAGUGUAUAAGCAUCGAAGGGGGAGCAAGUCAGCAGGAGAGAUACCAGCCCAAAUGGCAACAACCUGCGGGAGUGAUGACGCUAGACGGCAACUACAACGGACACCUCGAACGCCUUGCAGCCAACGGAACUCCAGUGGACUCCGUGGAAUCUGAUCGCAUGCACGAUAGGCAGCAGCAGCGCCCAAGGCUUGGCUUUGAAAAGGAGAGCACCACCAUCCGUCUUGGCAAAUACAAGAUCAAAUUUGGCAAAGAUGCGGACGAGGAGGAAAUGGAGAGCCCCUACAAAGAUUCGGCGAAGGAUCAUCCGGUGUUUGGGCAGCAGCGACACAGCGACAAACUGCCGGAGACAGGUCCAGUCAGCUGGACACGCGGGGAGCUUCUGGGUGCAGGCGCCUUUGGCCGAGUGUACCUGGGACUCAACAAUGACACCGGCCAGCUCAUGGCUGUCAAGCAGGUGCUGAUAAGCAAGGAUGAGAACGUGGCUGGGCGCGUGGUGGAGCACGUGCAGUCCCUGGAGGCUGAAGUGAAUGUGCUCAAGCAUCUGGACCACCCCAACAUCGUGCGCUACCUGGGCACAGACAGGGAUGACCAGCACCUGAACAUCUUCCUGGAGUUUGUACCCGGCGGCUCCAUCGCAUCCCUGCUGGCCAAGUUUGGAUCGUUCAAGGAGAGCGUGAUAAGGGUGUACGCGCGCCAGAUACUGCUGGGCUUGGAGUACUUGCACCACAACAAGAUCAUGCACCGGGACAUAAAAGGCGCCAACAUCCUGGUCGACCACACCGGCCUCGUCAAGGUGGCCGACUUUGGCGCGUCCAAGAAGAUCGAAGACCUCGUCACCAUGGACUCGGGCUUUAAGUCGAUAAAGGGGACGCCGUACUGGAUGGCUCCGGAGGUGAUCAAGCAGACGGGCCAUGGGCGCCAGGCGGACAUCUGGUCAGUCGCCUGCACCGUCAUUGAGAUGGCCACCGGGAAGCCGCCAUGGAGCCAGUUCCAGAGCCAGGUGUCGGCGCUGUUCCACAUUGCGUCGUCCAAGGAGCCGCCGGUGAUCCCAGAGGUGCUCUCCAAGGAGGGCCGAGACUUCCUGCUGCAGUGCUUCAACAGGGUGCCCAAGGAGCGGCCGAGCGCGGCGCGGCUGCUGCGCCACCCGUGGCUGGCCGACCUGGCAUGCCAAAGCACUGCAGCACCCCUCACCAACAUCUCAGUCCACACCGACAUGCCACGAGCCCGGGAUGACCACCUGCUGAACCUACCCUCGCCCAUCCCUGAGGAGCCGGCCUCGCUGGGUGGAUCGACAGGGAACGCUCCCGCGCCGCGCCGUGCCCAGAACGGUUCCCCCAGCAAAUUGAUGCCGGAGCCGCGGCCCUUCACCCCUCGCCCCUAUGCCCUCGCGCAGCAGCAGCCGGAGCGGCAGUUGGCGGAGUCAAUCGAGUCGGCCGCGGCGGACAGCGGCGGCCACUGGGGCGGCGCGGCCGCGGCGCUGCGCGCGUCGACUUCCUCCCAGAAUAGCCCGCAGGCCGGCCGCGCUCUUCAGAGGCAAGAGCAGGGCCCGGAGAGGAUGUCCACCGGCUCGGCAGGCAGCGCGGCCGGCCGGCCAGCCGCGCGUCAGCCCAGCGUGUCAUCACUGCAGCUGGCCGCCGCCGCCGCGAGCCUGACUCACAGCUUCGAGUCUGACUGCUCUGUGGAGAGUGACUACAAUCCGGUGGAGGAGCCUUCGUGGCUGGCGGACUCCAUAGACCUGGGAGCAUACCAGAGGCAGCAGGGGUCUCAGCAGCCAGAUGAGGAGCGGCAUUCCUUCAACAUGAUCUCACACGAUGAGUCACCCGCUGAGUCAACCGACAACGCGCACCGCCCCACCACAAACAUCGCCUCUCACCACAACCCUGACCCUGAUCACAACGAGUCGCCGGGCAUGCCGAGCCUGCGGAUAGAGUACACGCUGUCGGGCGCGGCUGAUGAGGACGCGGCGGCAGGCCACAACAGCGCGCAUAGCCUGCCCUCCCCUGACUACACACGCGCUGCAAGGGACAGCGUAGAUGUGCUCUCGCUGCGAUUCAAUCAGCCAGCGGGGGAUUACGGCACGCCGCAGCGAUUCGGCAGGCGGCCAGAUCCGUCGGCAGCCUCCGACACGCGCUGGCCGAUACCCUCCGGCACGGCGGCUACAAUCCGCGGCACCUUCUCCUACAAGCAUCCCAAGGUGCACGAUGUGGAGAUACGCCCCGGGGUGACGACGCGCAUGGAGGGAGUUGACGGGGAGAUAUCGCGCAUCCACUUCAUAGACACCCAGACCCAGUCCCCCAAGCCGCCACCUACGCAUGUGGAGGGCUCCUUCUACGCGUGCUGGUUUGCUGACUACGUGCUGCAGGUGGACGGCGAAAACGUCAUGGAGUUGGCGCACCAGAAGCAGCACACCAUCAAGGCCGGCAAGCCCUACGGCUACACCGAGUCGCCGCCCCCAAGCAUGCGCGGCCAGUAG